GGCGCGAGAAGUGGAUUUUUCCGCGAAUAGCAUUAUUUUCAGAUCGUCACUUUGGGCUAUUGUGUGAUCGUUUAGUGAAUUAGAAAAAUACAUAGACGACAGAUGAGAUUGUUGUUACACUUGCGCUUUACCACUAUGUUUUAGACGAGUCGUUUAUUUUAGGAUAAAUUGUUUAACUAGUUAAAUAAUAAGCUGUUUGCAAAAUAUCGCUUUGUUUUCUGGACUGUCAAGACGAUGACAACAGCAAAUAACUCUAAAAGUGAAGAUGCGUCUCUAUCCCUGUCAGCUAUGCGGCUUAUAGCUCCGCCUCUGCGCCUGCUCUCUGCAUCCAUGUGGAAAGUUAUGCAGCAGAGGGAUGCAGUGCAUUAUGGGAAACUGGAGGAGACUGUAACGUCAAUCUGUGAAACUGUACCUGGGUUGCUCCUCUACAGACACCAGGCCAGGCUUUCAUUGGGUCUGCGGGCACUGUUGAUCCUUGAAGAACUUCAAUCUGAUCCUCCUGACGCUGAGCAUGUCCUUCAGGAGUUAGAUAGGCUGCAAGCUUUCCCAAUUGACAGUGGCAGGAGGAAAGAUAAGAAGGUGGAGGAAGCUAAACGCAAUUUUCAUACCCUUGUGCACUCUCUCCUAAAAAGCCCAGCUGCCAGACAACAAUUCUUCAAGGAGGAUUUUCAUCAACAGUAUGGAGAAAACUAUGUAUCCAGUCUAGAGAAACUACUUUGGGAGUUUCUAAUCAGAUUGGAUCAACUAUUACCUGUUCCAGACCUUGCUCAGACAGUGUCAUGGCUCAGUGGUGCCCCUGCUGUUCUGGAGGAGUGUGCUCGCACUGCCUCACAGCCCCAGCUCCUCAGGACUCUGCUGCAACACGAGAAAUGUCUCGGACACCUCGGCUCAGCAUCUCUUCUGUCCUCCACUGGUGACUCGAUCCUAUCAUCCCUUUCCCUCCCUCUUUCUGGCAGAGUGCAACAGAAGAUCCAAUCAGAAUCCACUCCCAAGUCUAACAGAGUCAUGAGUCCAGCCCUGUCAAUGCCCAGAGCCACUCGUAGAUCAGCAAGAGAUACAUCACAGGUUGCACCUGUGAUUGGAUCAAUUUCCAAUCAAAUAAACACCGUAACCAAUAAGACCGUAACAUCCAGUUCAGCAAAACCAGUUGACCAGGCUUCCGAGAUAUCAGUAAAUAUGAGGACCAAACUCAGAUCAUGUACUAAAAAGAAGGAGGAUCCUCAAAAUGAGUAUGUUGUUGGUAAUAUGUUGGUCACAGUCAUCAGUCAGUCAUCAAGCAGUGAAACGGAAGGAGAGGACAGCAACGACAAAAGGAGUGAUGACGAAAAUAGUAGUGAGCGGAACAACAUAGCAAAAAGAAAGAUCACAAACAGAAAAGAAGAUGAAGGUGUUAGGAGAAAUUCAGCUAAAGGAAACUCCAAAGGCAUUUGCUCGGAGGAAGAGUCAAUCUUAAGUGCUCUUCUCGUUUCUUGUAUGAAGCGCCAAGUAAGAGUUGUUAUUCCCAGAUUGAAGAUCAGCAAUCUACCUGUGCACCUGAACUAUCUGUCUGAUGAGCAAGAUGCAACCAAAUCUCCAUGCCAAACUCGGGACAUAUCCACAGCAGGAAAAAGUCACUCCGUGAAACGGAAGAGGAAGUUCGUAGAUUGGACUCCGACACCUGAAAAGUCCCGGGCGAGUGCAAUCAAUAAACCGUCAUCGGAGUGCUCUCCAUGUAUUCCUCCUGUUCUACGUUUUCCAAUGGCUAGUCCAGAAACACCAUCUUCCAUAGCUGAUUCGUCUGGAGAAAUCGUAGUCGAUUCUGAGGAUGAAAGAUCCGAGAAAGUGAAGAGAAAGGUGUUCACACAGCGGUAUUGCAAGACAAAGAAUGGCACGUAUGUACCGACUCUACAGGAGUUCUGGAAUCCAGGGUUUUAUCACAGAGACAUUGUGUCACCUGGAAACAGAUGUUGAUUUAGUUACAUGGUAACUACUUUUACUAUUAUAAAUAGCAUGUAGUUUUCCUCUAUAAAACACUUUUAGCUAGUAUGAGCAUUAAUAAUUGUCAUAUUUUAAAUAGAUUGUGAUAAUAUUUUAUUUGUAUCAUGUGGAAAGUUAUUAUAAGUGUGUUCUUUUUGGUUAAUAAAGAAUUUUGUCUGCUACUUUUGUACUCUGUAUAGGAAAGUCCACCAGUGAAGUUCCCAAAUAAUAAAAGAAUUGUGUUAUCUUGGUCUAAACCAAUAAUGGACAUUUAUCUCUAAAGAACCAGGGGAAAAAAUUACAAAAGUUCCUCUUACUAUUCUUAAUUGAAAUGAUCUAGUGACCAUGUGCUAUUGGAUACUAGU